CUGAGAGACUGUGAUUGUGGAACUUGGAGUGAGAGCAUGACUUCUCUGCUGCCCCAUGUUCUGUAUGAGAUCUGUAACCAGGCGCCUUCUCCGAGCAAGGACUUCCACCACUUGACCGUCACCAAAACUGAGGUCAUCUGGAAGUCAUGGAUGGUAUCUCUUCGCCUGGAACAAGAGACAACCCUCCCAAGAGAAGUGAGAAAAUCCCACGUGAAUUUCCUGCUGAGUGAGCAGCAACACAGGCAGAUGCAGAGAGUGUUUGGCAAAGAAGUGCUGAGUUAUUCUUUGAAUCUGUGUCGGGGGCAGUUUGAUUUGCUCGUUCGCCUGCCCGAGCACCUCCUCCUCCAGAUCUUCUCCUUCCUGGAUGUGGCUGAUAUUGGGCAGCUGUCCAAGACCUGCCAAAAAUUCCAAAAGAUGUGUAACAAUGAAGAAUUCUGGGAGAAAUUUAGAACGUUACAAGACACUCGUGCAUUUGAUGCAAGAAAAACAGGGAUAACAAUUUAUAAGAAGCUUCUGGCUUUCCACCUAAAUGCCCACCAGACACCCUCACAGAGAAGACAGACUGCGUUUUUCUGAACUUAAUUGGAGCAGCAAAAUAAACACACUCAACUGAAUUUCAAAUCAUUAUUACCACUAAAUCUUACCUAUAGCUGACGGCUAUCAUGUAAGUGAGGAAAUUUACAUGUUUUGUUUUAUAUAAAAACCUCUUCGAGAAUACUGUCCUCAAAUUAAAAUUUUUUCCUUUUUUGCGGGGAGGGGUGGUGGUUUGAGGGAGCCAAUUUGGCUACUGACAGA